AUGGAGCCCACUCAGCAACGCCGGGCGCACUCUGCUCAGCAAUACCUGAGGCGUUUCCAGACUGGAGGCCGACGACCUCCUCCGCAAAGCGCGGCGCAGGAUAACUACACAGAAGAGGUUGAUGAAAGAAAUUGUAGAACUACAGCAACAACAACAACAGCUACAACCACUGAUGCCACUCCCUCUCCCCCUUUCUCCUUAGCAGACCUCUCGUUCUCCUUCUCCUCCUGUUCCUCCUCAGCAACCGCAACAGCAACGGCAAAAAGCAAUGGCGGCGGCAGCGGCGGUAGCGGCAGCCCUACCAGCAUCAGGAACAAAGUAACGGUGGAGUAA